AUGUUAGGAAUUAUGAGGCCGAUAUAUAUACUGGCUCUCUUGGUCGUGGUCGUGUAUGGUGAGGAGUCGCCCGCAGUGGGCCUCACAGUGGAACCCACCAACAAGGUCGAUUUGGUGGACAAAGGUUUGGAUACGGAGUUGCUGAUGUCUUUUGUGGUAUUUAGACACGGAGAUAGAACACCGGAUCAAGAAGAAUUAGAUAAAUUUCCAGCUGAUAAAAAUGAUGAGAAUAUUUUUUUUCCUUAUGGAAAAAAGGCACUAACUAACAAAGGUAAGCAACGAGGUUUUCUUGUCGGUGAAUACUUAAGAGAUCGUUAUAACAAAAUUAUUUCGAAGUUAUAUUUACCUGACGAAAUUUCUAUUCGGACUACUGAUUAUGCAAGAACAAAGAUGACGGCUUUGACUGCUCUAGCUGCAAUUUAUCCACCACCUCCAGCUCAAAGGUGGAAUCCAUUUUUAAAUUGGCAACCUGUGCCGUAUGAUACUUUAGAUUACGAUGACGAUGAUUUAUUAUAUUAUUACAAUUGCCCAAGGUACAUACAAUUAAGGGACAAAACGUAUGAACUACCCGCGGUUCAAAAAUGGAUUGAACCCUAUGAAGGACUUUUUAAAGUUUUGAGUAUUAAAACAGGAACAAAUAUAACAACUCCGGAAGAUGUUUUCUUCCUUGAUAAUCUGUUCCAGACAUUGGAAAAUGUCGGCGUCAGGCCACCGAAAUGGGCACACGAAGUAAUGCCAAAAAUUAAAGAAAUGACUAAAAUAGAAUAUGCUUGUGAAUUCUAUAAUAGUGAAUUAAUAAGAUUAGCAUCAGGAGUGCUUCUGACGGACAUAUUGAAUUUUACAAGUGCAGCAAUCGCUGGUAAUAGAGAACAACCAAAAUUGUUUUUAUAUUCCGCCCAUGAAAAUAAUGUAGCAGCGCUAAUGGCAGCUGCUAAAGUUUUUAAAGCGCAUCAGCCUAAAUAUGGAUCCACAAUAUCUUUGGAACUAAGAAAACGAUUGUCAACUGGACAGUUCGGUUUUACUGCCGUUUACGCUGCAGAGGCAGGAGGCCCAGGCGUAGUACUACCUAUUGCUGGUUGCGGAGGAGGACCUUUCUGUGACUAUGACACUUUCGUCAGUCUAACCCAAGAAAAUUUGUUAUCACGAAGUGAAUAUAAGAGACAGUGUAUGAUUCCUGACUACAAUGUAGAGCUGCUAACUAGGCGGAGGAAAAUGAAAGAGGGCGGUCGCGAGGAGGAGUCGACCAACGCGGCGGAUGCGCAAAGUAUGCGCACCGAACACACUUGCUGUUGCCUCGGCGUGUUGGUGGGCGUCUCACUCAUCGCCGCCCUCGUAGCAGUGAUCCUGAUGAAGGACACUACGGUGGAAGUGACAAUACUACGACAAGUUCACGUGCUCAUGUCCCACGGUGAGCGCACACCCAGUGAGCGUGAGUUGGCGAUGCUGGGUGCGCCACCACCAGAUCACGUUUUUGUACCCUAUGGAGCUGGAGCUUUGACUAAUGAGGGAAAAUUGUUGACUUUCGAAAUGGGCGCAUUACUUAGAAAAAGAUAUAACGACUUUUUAGGUUCUUAUUAUGAGGCUGAGAGAAGCAUCGUUAUAGCAUCCGAUACGAAUCUCAGCAAGAUGACAGCUCUUUUAAUAGCCGCAGGGUUGUGGCCACCGCCACUUGACCAAAUGUGGAACGACACAAUGACCUGGCAACCAGUGCCCUAUACUUAUCCCCCUAGAAACGAGGACUAUCUUCUCUAUGAAGAAAAUUGCCCUCGAUACAGGCAAGAAAAACAGAGGUUAUUAAAAGCUUUUACAGAUGAAGGAUUACUUGUGCCUUACAGGGACCUAUUUCACAAGAUUGCACACAUGACCGGCACCAACUUCAGUACUCCUCAAGAUGCGUACAAUUUAAAUAAUUUAUUUGUUAUUCAGGACGAUAUUAAAGUUGCAAAUCCAAAGUGGGCAAAACAUGUGAAAAGAAAGCUAAUGGACGUUGCUAGACUGGAGUACACAAUGAUGUUUCAUAAUAAUCUUCUGAAGAAACUUAGUGGAGGAGCUUUAUUACAACAGAUAAUAAAAGAAGCUGUUCUAAACACGCAAGAACCAACAAGCCCUAAGGUGAUAGUGCGGAUAGGCACUCCUGUAUCUGUAGCGGCGCUGUUGGCGGCUUGUGUGGCGCCGCCCCCGCGGCUGCCCGACCCCGGCGCGGCUUUACUGUUCGAGUUACACGAAAAGAUACCUUCUACACAGGGGAAGAAGGAGCAGAAUCCUUUAACUCACGGACAGCGGUUUGGUUUUAAGAUAUAUUACUGGGACGAUGAUUCCGCGGAACCUCGACUAAUGGAGGUGCCCGGAUGCAACGCGUUCUGCCCAUUGGACACUUUCACCGAAAUUACUAAAUAUAUCGUGUCUUAUGAUUAUAAAAAAGACUGCACACUUGUUCCUACCACA